ACGCUUUUUUUAAUUUUAGUCAAGAUAGAGUUUUUGUUUUGAAACCUAUUCCCAUUUUCCUUAUUGUGUUUGUUAUCAUUCAUGGGGUUUGUCAGUAACUAAAGAAAUUAGUAGGAAUUUCAUGACAAUUUUUAGACAAAACUGAAUAUGUUAAGUACACGGUUACUUCAUGGAGUUGGUGCAUUAUCUUCAAUUUUACACAGUCCACGAACAAUAAAAUGUAGCAGUAAGGUAUUGUUGACUUCAUAUUUGGGUCUUAGAACGGCUGCCAGGUUUGCUUUGCCGCAACACUGUGGUUGCCUUACAACCUCCUUAGCCAAACAUGGGACAAAGAUAUUGUCGAGGAGGGCAGUUACUCUGGCAGCUGAAGCAACGCAGACAUUGCCUAGAACACAGAAGAUUGUGGGGUACUGGCUCGCAGGUUGCGGUGGCAUGGUCUUCUGCGCUGUUAUAUUGGGUGGUGUUACCAGACUCACAGAGUCUGGACUGUCCAUGGUGACUUGGCGACUAUUGGGAGAGAAACUGCCCACCACCCAGCAGCAGUGGGUAGAGGAGUUCAAUAGAUACCAGGAGUUUCCUGAGUUUAAAAUAAAAAACAAGAAUAUGACUUUGGAAGAGUUCAAAUUCAUCUGGUGGAUGGAAUAUGCACAUAGGCAAUGGGGACGACUUAUUGGAGCAAGUUUUUUUAUUCCAGCUACAAUUUUCUGGGCCAAGGGUUGGUUUCAACCAGUCUUGAAGAAAAGAGUGUUAGCUUUUGGUACCCUCAUUGCAAUGCAGGGGCUAAUGGGCUGGUACAUGGUCAAAUCUGGCCUGGAAAACAAGUUUGAUGGUCCCAGUGAUGUGCCCAGAGUGUCCCAAUACCGUCUGGCCUCACACCUCAGUCUGGCAUUCGUCCUAUACACUCUGUUCUUGUGGUCAGCUCUAGACCAGCUAUUGCCUGCCGAGAGACUUGCUCAGGUCACGCGGUCCGCCACCAGGUUCCGAGCACUCGCCCAUUCCUGCAAGGGCCUUGUAUUCCUUACAGCGGUCUCAGGGGCUUUUGUGGCUGGACUUGAUGCUGGGUUGAUAUACAACUCGUUUCCCAAAAUGGCUGAUAAGUGGAUACCUGACGACAUUUUGGCAUUUUCACCUGCUCUUCGCAACUUUACUGAAAACCCCACAACGGUUCAGUUCGACCACAGGCUCUUGGGAACAUCAACAUUGAUGUUGAUAUCAGGAAUGUGGCUGCUGUCACGAAGGAGAAUGAUCCCCAGGAGAGCUGUGUUAGCUGCCAAUGCAGUGGCUACAAUGGCAUGGCUGCAGGUUGCAAUGGGAAUUACUACACUGCUGACAUAUGUCCCAGUGUCCAUAGCAGCGGCACAUCAGUCUGGCAGUCUGGUCCUGCUCUCGUUUGCGGUUUGGCUUACACAUGAACUCAAACAUGUCAAGUUACCAAAGUAAAACAGGCGUUUGCCGUAUCAUAUAUGAAUACCACCUAAAUAAAUCAAUUUUCUUAUUGCAA